CCCUGCCCCGUGGGGUGAAACAUGGCUGAUCUGUGCAUGAGGCUCUGGGUGCUCCAGGUGAACCUCUGGCUGCUGGCUCUGGUCACAGGUGGGAUCUCAGCAGACAAGAACAACACCAGCAACAGCACAGGCAGUGUGUGCCCCUCCGUGCACCAGCACCCACGGUACGUGGCGGUCAAGAAGAACAUGCCCAUCUACUUCAUCUGCUACUCCGACAACCCCGAAAUAAUGCAGUGGUACAAGACAGCAGAGGACAGUGAGAACAUCUGUGGGCUGGAUGAUAACACCUCCCAGUACACCAUCAACAGGACAGACACCUCCAUCAACCUCACCAUCCUCAGUGUCACCUUUGAGGACAGUGCAAUCUACGUGUGUGACAGAAAGAACGUCCUGGAGAAGAAGGACCUGCAUGCGUGUGGGACAAAGCUCCGAGUCUUGGGUCACAGCAGCCUCAAGCAGAUCCAGAACAGGAACACUCUGAAAGAUGCCAUCAUCAUCAUCCAGUCCAUCCUGCUUGUCAUCUUCAUCAGCAUCCCCAUACUCCUCUUGCUGGACAAAGGUGAAGGCAAGAAAGGCCCAGAGGAGGACCACACCUAUGAGGGGCUGGAGGUGGAGCAGAUGGCCACCUACGAGGACAUCACUCCUUUCCGGGACGUGAAGGCCAAGUGGACAGUUGGGGAGCACCCGGGUGAAGAGUGA